AUGGAGUCCCUUCUCAAAGUUCCACUGAUUCUCUCGUCUGCUAUUGCGCUGCACGUAUCGUUCACGACCGGAAAUCUUCCUUCGAGUAAAGAGGUUGUUCGUCAAACGUUCAACGAGUGUAUCUUCACUCUGCUCGUUAAAUACGGGUUUCCGACCAUAAAGGCAUUUUACUGGGUUGUUUCUUUCGCAGAAAUCACUACUAUCGCCUAUCAUACAACAGACCCCAACUCUGUUUCCGCGAUACAGGACACACCCAUUACUUUCCUUUUUGUUUUCGGCACUGCACUCGCUAUCACGGGGGGUCUCAUCCGCUGGUGGUGUUAUCGCACCCUCGGUCGUUUUUUCACUUUCCAACUCAGUGUCCGUGAAGGGCAACACAUUAUAACGACCGGGCCAUAUGCGGUCAUACGCCAUCCAGCCUAUACGGCAGGCCUGGCAGAGAUCAUAGGCCUAUUGAUCCUGCACGGAUCGACCAAUUCAUGGCUUAGAUACUCAGGGGUUUUGGCUAUCCCUGGACUGAAAGUGAUCGUGGUAGCAUGGCUUGCGGAGAUCACUCUUCUUAUGAUAAGCGUCGUGUUCAGGGUCAGUCACGAGGAUGAAGUCCUGAAAUCAGCUUUCAGAGACGAGUGGGAGGCAUGGGCAGAGACAGUGAGGUACCGGCUGAUACCUGGUGUUUACUAA